AUGCAGAUAGAUCUUCGAGGUUUUCUGACUUUUGAAUGGACUUUAUCACUCGCAUAUCAUGGGUCAUACCUAAAUAUUGAUGACAUAUUAUCGACUAGCAAUCGACUACUUUGCAAAACUCGGAUUUCAUUACCCAGAAUUGCGCCCCUAUUAAUUGGUCCCAUACAUACGUACAAGCGACCUCAGUCUUCCACAGAAGGCGCUAUACAUGACAACGAUGUUUCAUCAGGAACUAGACUUGAAGUGCCUCUUUGGCUCAUAAGCAGUAUUGGGAGUAGUCGACGGCAAAUUUUCUUAAUUGAAAUUCCCGUUAUUUACAGGCACAUACGGAGACUUAUCCUGAUUGUGUUGGAUAUUUUGAAAGGUGGUUUCUGGUUUCAGGAAAUCUAUCGAGAGAUUUUCGCUGCAGAUCCCUGGGUUGUCGAUCUCCGAAAAAGAUGCCCCAAUUUCUACUCCUUUGGCUGCCACUUGUCCAGCCUUUCUCUACCAGGAAUGCCUGCCGUAAUUGCCACUCUUGAAAAUGUUUUUCAGCGACGCAUUAGAAAUCUCAUGGAGGCUUCUCUCAAUGCAAAUAAAGUAUCAGUCAUGGGUCUGAUUUCCAGAUUAGAGGAGCUGGAACAGGCGCUCUUCCGGAUAGGUAGGAACGGACGGUGCAGCAUCGAUCGGUGGUUCUCGCGGAUGCACGAGCGCCUAGAAGCCUCUACUCUUGCGAAGGCCACGGAGGCAGCUACUGAGGCGUCGUUACUGCCGUCUAAGAGAUCACGAAAGACAUGA